CACCAAUGUCACCCUGCCGCAUCUUCGAUCUGCCAACGGGGUUCUCACGUACUGCCGACUUCACUCACUCACUCACUUACUCACCCACUGUGCGUCGCGGGGACGACGGGAUCCUUCGCAUCUGCCACUUCAUUCUCUUCGCUUUCGGACCUUCCGAGCCUUAGGCAACUCUUAAAUUGCGAAAGACUUCUGCUACAAACUGAACCGAGCUUGUACGGCCUUCGAAGCGGCGUGUUUGGUCCCGUCCUCUCGUUUCUCUCUCUGAUUCCGUCUCUCUGUCGUCUCUCUCCUUUGCCCACUGACGCGUACAUACCAAGAAGGCAUAGCCUUUUCUCCAUCAUGUAUAACAACCGCUCCCACCCGCUCCUCGAGCAGGUCCCCCUGACCGUCUCCCCCUUUAUCUCGCUCCCCGCCGCCACGACGCUCUCAUACAACUACAAGGCCAUGCCCUCGGCCCUGCCACCCUCCGCGACGGGUGUCCCAGCAGCCGUGACGGACGACGCGGCAGCCGCGGCGGGGGGGAACAACGGUGGCGGCGGCGGCGGCGACGGAUCUUCCAACAAUAAGCCCAAAUACGUCAUCUCGCAGUCCGGCCACGCCGCGCACCCAGACGACAUCAUCGCCUCGUGCCGCGCGCUGCAGGCGCACAUCACCAAGAUGCAGGAGGACGCCGAACGCGACCUGCGCGCGCUGGAGACCAGGAUACAGGAGCGCGAGCUCGCCGAGAAGAGGAGGGUCGCGCCCGGGUGGCUGGACAGCGAGGCGCGCAUCCUAGAGCCAGAGAGGGCCGGCGGCGGAGGGUCCGAGGUCGAGGAGGCGGCGGCGGCGGCGGCGGCGAGAGAUACAUCGGCGGUGGCGGGGACGAGCGAGAUGCCGUUGAACGACCAGGGGGCGGAGCUGGACCGCGUGUUUGGAGGUUUGAGCAUGAAAUAGAGCGAGCGCAUGUGGGAGGGGGGGCUGUUUAUCUGUUUAUUGGCAUUCUGCUACUACUGGCGUUGGGCACACUGCGCUAUUUUCCGUUCUGGGACUUAUACAUUCUCCGCGCUUCUCUUACGAUAGAUCGGACUUUACCAGAGCUCUCUUGCUGAUUGAAUCAAUCUUUCUUUUUUCUU